AUGUCAAAGGAGUUGGUAGUUGUGAUACCCAUAGAGGAUGGUGAACCAUUGGGUGCUGUGCCCAAUGAAAAACUUACUAUUGUUAAAGUACAACAGGGCACGCUCGCAGAUGGAAAGCUGAAGGUGGGCGAUCAAAUUCUUAAAGUAAACGAUGCAAUUGUACGUGACGCAGAUCACUUUUAUCAAUUACUCCGUUUUGCUCCACCGGUUGCUUCAAUUAGUCUAAUACGUGAUGCGAAGAAAGCAGCUGAAUUAGAAGCUAAAAUUCAUAUACCACCAGAACGAGCUAAAUUUAUCGUACGCCGCGAUGGAUACACUUACUUUGUCGCUCGAAUUGAUUGGAAACCCGGUGGUCCAAAGCUUGGUCUUGGUAUUAAGCACUACCAGAAUCGUGUAUUAGUAUCACGUGCUGAUCAGAAUUCGCUUGCUGCUCAGCAGUUGUUAAUCGGUGAUCAUAUCAUUGAUAUUGACGGACGACCAGUAACUGAUAAAGAUGUAUGCCGUGAGCUUCUCCUCAAAAGUCUUCAAGUACAACGUUUUGUUACGAUGGUUGUUGAGCGUCCAGAAACCUUGGAAGCACGACAUUGGGUUCAGAGUGCACUUGCUGCGUCUGCAGCACAAGCGCCAUCUGUUGCAAUGAACAGUGACGUACGUGAUAUAGCUGCGCGAGAAAGACUGAAAUUGAAGAAGGCAAUUCCGCCAAAGAAAAGUUGUAUGCGAAAAUCGGCUACACCCGGUGAAAAACCAAUUACGAUUAAUGAAAAUAAAGCAAUGGAAUUUAUUAUUGCUAGUGAUAAUGAAGGCAAAACACUUCGUCAUGUUAGACGAUAA